CUAGCCUCUUGUUGUAGUCUGACUCCAUGUCGUCCAUCCACAAGCUGAGUCACAGUCUGUGUCCCUGUCUCUGCCCCUGCGCCUCUAUGUCCUGGCCCCACAACCUGGAUGUCUGUGGCCCCAGGACCAGAAGAAGAACUACAGAGCAGUGCAGUCCUGUGAGGAGGGGACUGGGGGGGCCUAUCUUGAGCCACUAGUGGCUAUGGCUCAGAACGGAGGCAACAUGCACAACGUACUGGGGCCUGCCUGCAUCUUUCUACGCAAGGGCUUCGCUGAGAGCCGGCAGGCUAAGAAGGAUAGAGAGCUGAGGCCGGAGGAAAUGGAUGAGUUGCGUGAGGCUUUUAAAGAGUUUGACAAAGACCACGACGGCUUCAUUGGCUGUAAAGACCUGGGCAACUGCAUGAGGACCAUGGGCUACAUGCCUACUGAGAUGGAGCUGAUUGAACUGAGCCAGCAGAUCAAUAUGAACCUGGGACGACAUGUUGACUUUGAGGACUUUGUGGAGCUGAUGGGGCCAAAGCUUCUGGCUGAAACAGCAGAUAUGAUUGGGGUCAAGGAGCUGAGGGACGCUUUUAAAGAGUUUGACACCAAUGGUGACGGCAAGAUCAGCACAUCAGAACUCAGAGAAGCAAUGAAAAAACUUCUCGGUCAACAGGUUGGUCACAGGGACCUAGAAGACAUCCUGAGGGACAUUGACCUGAAUGGAGAUGGUCACGUGGACUUUGAAGAGUUUGUACGUAUGAUGUCUCGCUGAGUGACAGGUUAAGCACCUGUAGGCCAUGUUUCUGACUGGCCCCUUUCCUGGUAAGAGAGGAAGAGAAGGAGAAGAGAUGCCGAAGCCCUUACCAACAGACCACUUACCUCUGACUUCUGUACAACAGAAGGGGGAAACGACAUAUCAACAACCGCCCUGCUACUGCCACAUCCGAAGAUGAGCACAGAAGCUGACGGAACAACGCCAGCGAUGAUGAUGCUGUAUGCUGCUGCAAAAGAGAACAACAGCCAGCCUCCCACAAUUUUACACUGUACAUUUCCGAUAUUAGAGAAAACAUUUGUAGGUGUUAACAGGGGCUAAUAGAGCAAUGUGACGUUUGAGCUACUUACAAUCAUUACCAUGGUUGGUUAAGGCUAUGGGAAAGUAAAAGGAGACAUAUUGACAUUUUUAGCAUUUUCUCAUGCCAGCGUCUCCCAUAACCAACCUAAAGCACUAUAUUCCCCUCUGGGCCUUUGUACUCCUGAGCUAAACUUUUUAAUGGCAAUAUUAUUUCAACGUACCUACUGUCAAAAUAUGUAUUGUUCAUGUGUGCGUACGUGUAUGUUUGUGUGAAGCUCAAUUCUCCCAUAUUGUACGAUUCCAUAUGUCUUAAGCUACUGUAGAGUUAGUUUCAGACCCAUGGCAUACGCUAGCCAACUGUCUCUGUCUUGAAAUACAUCUCACGUAUUAGCGCUGAUGCACUUCUUAUCAAACACAUAUCAAGUUACAUUAUACAAGCUCUGAACAUAGAUGGGCAACUGUUUUUAUUAAAGGAAAUAGCAUUUUGGUGAAAACCGAAGACUGGGGAAUGGGGUAGCAAUCAUAUAUAAACUGUUUACGUCUGGCCAACCCAAGACCCAAAGAUGUGCACAUUGUUUUGCAUGAAUACUGAGAUUGCAAGCUCCACUUUUGAUUUAACCAGACACACUGUCACGCUGUCCCUCCGUACAAAUCAACCAAGUGCACCACAGACAAACAUACACACUGUAAUUUAAUGUGGUGAUCAACAUAACACUGAAACCUGUGUCUCUCUAUGUGUGUGAGAUCAGUGUGUUAUCUCUGUACUGAUGAGAGUGUGUUUGUGUUUGAGUGUGGAACUUGUGAGUUUUUGUGUGUCUCCCUUAUGCAGUCUUAUUUGUGACUUUGAAUUUGUCUUGUGCGAUUCUAUGCAUGCAAAAUACUAAAACAAUGUGUAGUUGAGAAUAAACAGCUUUA